AUGUUUACCAGUGACACCAGCCACGACAGAGAGGAGGAGGAGGACGAGGACGAGGAGGAGGACGAGGAGGAGAAUCAACAGCAGCACGUGGUGCAGGUGCAGGUACCACAACAUGUGGAUACUGGUGGCGCCCCACUACUGGACACUGAUGGUGCCCCACUACAUCACCCAUUACAGCCAUCUGUGACGUCACUGGAAGCGAGUUCGCGCCAGGGACAAGUACCCAUCACAACCGUGGCGUCGACCAUCACACGAGACACUGAGCUGCGCUGUGGACUGGACGCCAUUCUACAGAAAGGUGGCGGCAACAGCGGUGCAUUACGGGCAGACGGAGAACGAGAAGAAGAUGAAGGAGCGGGAGCGGAGAGGGGAAGUGUUGUGGGCUUUGAAGCAGGCAAGCGCGUGCUGUUUGAUUGGCUGAUAGGGGAGCGCGUUGGUGAUGGGCAGGUGAUGCGCGCGUGCGAUGUCAUCAAGCACUUCCUAUCUGCCCUCGUGGGCCAGCACCGACAACAGCAGCAGGACGGCGAGGAAGAGCUGGAGGAAAAGGUAGAGGAUGGAAUGGUGUUGGUACCUGACGCCGAUGCUGGUGCCACUGCCGCUGCGAAUACUGCUGCUGCUAAUGAUGAUGAUGAGGAGGAUGAUGAGGAGGAUGAUGCAAGUGGCGGUGUGGGUGGCGGUGUGCAACAGCCGGAGCAUGCCAUCCAUGCCGAAGCAGCAACGGCCAAUGCUGUUGCGGCUGCACUGCAACAACCACACCCGCCCGUGCCCAACACACAGUCAGCGCCAGGUUUGGAGUCGGGUGAAAGCAAACUGCAUCAGCACGACGAAGCUGCAUCCGAUGGCGCGUUGCCUGCAAGCAAACGCCCCAAGCUUGGCAGUGAGACCCUUGGCGUGCAGACGCGCCAAGGUCUGGUUUCCCCGCAAGAAGAGGAUGACAGUAUGCGUCAACAACAACGACAACAACAACAACGACAACAACAGCGACAACGACAGCAGCAGCAGCAGCAGCAGCAGCAGCAGAAGCUGGAGGAAAAGGAGGGGGAGGAGUUGAUUGCGCAAUUUGCACCCCAAGUUGCAUCCACCUCGUUGCCUUCGUUGUCAUCAAUGUCGUCGGUGCUGGGGGGAUCGACAACCCCACUCGAUGGAAGUCUUUCGUUGGAAGGACAGGACUUGUUACGGUCGCUGUUUGCUCGUGCAUCAACCGCCACCUCCACGCCAAUGCCAUCAUCAAUGCCAUCGUCAUCGUCAUUGUCGUCGUUGCCGUCAACGAUCACGCGGCAACGGCAGCUUGACGCGGCACCGCACGCAUCGUCCCCCGCGCCCUUUUCCCCACCGCUGAUUCCCUCGCAGCCAGCGGCAGCAGCAGCAGCAGGCAGCCUCCAAGAGACAGACAGAGAGCAACAGCAGCAACAACAACAACAACAACAACAACAACAACAACAACAACAACAACAACAACAACAACAACAACAACAACAACAACAACAACAACAACAACAACAACAACAACAACAACAACAACAACAACAGGACCUGUCGGGCUUGUCAUCUGCGCAGCUGCUGCAUCUGAUCAUGACGAUGGCGGGUGACGAGCAACUCCUUGGCUGUGACGCAGCCAGCGGCAAUGCUCGUGUCAGUAGUGGUAGUGGUGGUGGUGGUGGUGGUGUCAACCACGCCGUUUCGUCACCUGCAAGCUGGGCGCCGUUUGUACAGAGCCUCCAGCAACAACAGCAGCAACAGCAAGAAGAGCAGCAGCAACAACAACAACAGCAGCACCAACACCAAGAAGAAGAAGAACAACAACAGCAGCAGCAGCAGCAGCAUCUAUUUCAGCACCGUCGCUCGCGCUCACAUCACGGCUCACAUCACGGCUCACAUCCAUUGAGCCAUGAAACUGCACAGGGCACAACACGGGGCACGCCCACCACAGCCUCAUUUUCGAAUGCUGACGUACAGCACCCGCACUUUCCACUCAUCUCCAUUGCCCCAACGCAAACGCCUCAGCCAAUGCUGCUUCAGUCAUCUGACCAGCCGAACCAACCGCAAGACCAACACCAGCACCAGCAGCGCAUGUUCUCUGCACCACACCACCAACACCAGCACCACCAGCAGCAGCCAUUGCAACUGCAUCCAACGCACCCACAACAACAAGUCGGCCUACCACACCACAACCACCACCACCACCACCAGCAGCAGCAGCAGCAGCAGCAGCAGCAGCAGCAAUACCAACAACUGCAACAGCUGCAGCAAACUCACACGCUGCACCAGCUGCUGGGCACGGGCGACGUUGAUCCAAGCGUUGUUCCCCUCCUCGUCCAACUCAUGCUGCCGACACUGCACACGGGUGGUCACACAAUCACCGCCACCACUGCGGGCAGCAGCAUUGGUGUGGCGUCAGCGCUGGCAACGCCGCGUGUUGGCAUUGGCGAUGGGAUGAUGACGACGAUGAGGACGAGGAGGAUGAGUGCUCGCGGCAGUCGCCGUGGGUGUGGCCGCUUCAGUGGUCACAGCGGUAGCGGUAGCAGCGUGGGAGGCGCACGCACGCCAACACCAACACCAAUACCAACACCAACACCAACACCAACACCAACAACAGCGCAAGCACUGCCACAACCACACGUGGGUCAUGGCCUCGCUGGUGUCGGCGUUGCGGGUGUUGGCGGUGCACCGAAUCUGGCAGCAGUCCCAACCACAGCCACAGCCACAACCAAGGGACCCUCGUCAUCAUCAUCAUCAGCGGCACCAGGGCCAGCAUCGGGCGCCAGUGGCCGCGGCAAGAAGGAGCGCACGUGCGUGUGUCCAAUCUGUUCUGGUCCCGGCCGCCGCACAGAGCUGCAGAUCUGUGGCACGUGCUACGGUGGCGUGUACAACGACAUUCGCAAAUGGAUUUCAUCACGGCAGGUCAUCCAGGAGCCCACAACCAUCCACGAAUUCAUUGGCGUGUUGAAGCGCCUGCCACGUGGCUGUCGCAAUCACUACAACUGCUCACCCGCUGCGUACACACACAACAUCCCAGCAUACCAGCGGUGUACGCGCUGCCGCUCGAUUGCGACGUCUCUCCGCUCCCCUCAUGUCAUCCUCGCAAUGGUUCAAAAAGCGCUCAAUCGCCCGAACGAGCGGGCCGCGGACGACGAGUCGUGACCACUGCUGCUGGUGCCUCCGGUCGUGGCAGCAGCAACCUGACCAUGGCGAUUAUGGUGACACUAUCCUGUGACAUCCAUCGCCAUUCAACGCUUCCAACCCACUCCAUUCAACCCAUUCAACCCAUUCAACCCACUCAACCCAUUCAACCAUCUAUUCAGGCCAUCUAUCUGUCCCUCCCAUACUGUGUGAUUCAAACUUCGCUUUCAGUUUGCCUUGCAUUUGAUUUGCCCGUUUCCCCUAAUCGCCAGCUGCUUGUGCAUGUGCAUGCGCGUGUAUACAUGUGUGUGUGGAUGGGUGCGUGUGCAUGUGUGAAUACCUUGAUUAGCGUGCAUGUCUUGUGCUUUGCGUUUGGUUUUGUUUAUACUUUUGUCACUUCUGUUCUUUCGGUUCUUUGUCAUCAGGAGCACUUACCAUAUCAACACCACAUACAACUUGACGACGUGCACGUGCGUACAGGCGCGCAGGCAGCCACCCGCUUGCCCGUGCACACACAUGUACACAUAUUCAUAUGUACGCAUACGCACACGCGCAUAUGGACGUGUGCACUCGUCGUGUUGGCGUGAAGGUUGCGGCAAUGCAGAGAGAAGAUAAACAGUUAACCAGCC